UGUACCCCUGCACUGUACACGCCUGAGUCGAUCCAGUCCGAUAUAUUGUAAUAAUAGUAAUAAAAUAGUAAUAAUUGAGUUUUAAACCUAUUUUUAUUGCAAAAUGAGCUCCCAGAUUACUUGUGUCGGCUGGGUGAAGCGAGGCGUUGCUAAGGAAACCCCUGACAAAGUUGAGUUGACCCAAGAGGAGCUACAACGCAUCAUUACUGAAACAAAACAGGAGCUGGGGGAACAAGCAGCCGAGGAGGAAGAAGACGACGAUGAAGGUAUAGCUACGGAUGUUAACGACGUUGCACCGGAUGUCGCUGGAGCUCCAGAGAAUAAGAACGAAGAAGAGAAGGAGGAAGAGGACGAGCUAGCAGAGUACGGCCUGGAUAAAUAUGAUGAAGAGGAAGAUGUGACUGCUAAUCUUGGGGACAGUCUGGCUGGGCUCACAGUGUUCAGCUCCAAUGAGGAGGAUCCUUACAUUACUCUCAAAGAUACAGACCAGUAUGAGCGAGAAGACUUCCAAAUCAAGCCCGGCGACAAUCUCAUCCUCGCAGGCAGGGCAGAGAAGGACUGCUGCAAUCUGGAGAUCUACAUUUAUAACUCCGAGGAGGACUCUAUGUAUGUUCAUCAUGAUAUUCUGCUGCCAGCUUACCCGCUGUGUAUAGAGUGGCUGAACUUUGACCCAAACCCUGGAGAUGGAGCAGGUGUAGUUAACUACGCGGCUGUGGGCAACAUGACUCCACAGAUAGACGUGUGGGAUCUGGAUGUGGUGGACUGCUUAGAGCCAGCCUUCACCCUGGGGAGCAAAAAGGCCUCUAAGAAGAAAAAGAAAAGCAAGAAGGGGGCAGCAGCAGAGCCUGUCGAGGGACACACAGAUGCAGUGUUGGAUUUAUCCUGGAACAAACUUGUUAGGAAUGUGUUGGCCAGCGCAUCAGCAGAUGAAACAGUUAUUUUGUGGGAUCUGUCUCAAGGCAAACCAGCCACAACUCUGCGCCGACACACCGAUAAGGUUCAGACGUUGGCUUUUCACCCCUUUGAGCCACAGACUCUGAUUUCAGGAUCGUAUGACAAGACAGCUGUUCUCUAUGACUGUCGUAGUCCAGAUGACAAUUACCGGACCUGGAGGUUUAGUGGUCAAGUGGAGCGUCUAGUCUGGAAUCACUUUUCACCCUGCAACUUCCUGGCCAGCACAGAGGAUGGCUUUGUCUAUUGUCUGGACGCACGCUCUGAUAAACCUGUGUUCACACUGAGGGCACAUGAUCAAGAAGUGUCAGGUUUGGAUCUGAGCAGCCAGAUUAAAGGAUGCCUGGUCACUUCAUCAGCUGACAAACACGUUAAGAUCUGGGACAUUUUGGGGAACAAACCAAAUCUGGUGCAUUCAAGGGACAUGAAAAUGGGUGUGCUGUUCUGCGCUUCAUGUUGCCCUGAUCAGCCCCUCACUUAUGCCUUUGGAGGACAGAGGGACGGCUUGCGAGUUUGGGAUAUGAGUGAUGUUGCAGCAGUGGCUGAGGUGUUCGGUGGUCGAGAGCGCUUGGUGGUUAACGCAGGAUCACAGGCAUCCGGCACGGCAGCCACAGCCGCCGAUAUGGAAGUGUCCUAGUGACACUCUGGGUCUAACAACAGCCUGUAAACAAAAAACUGAGCUUCCCCAGAAACACAUCAAGCUACUCCGCUUUAUGCCGUGUUCCUGUUCCUCAUAGAGAAGCAAAAGGAGUGGAGUGAAUGAAGCUACACUCCUGAAAGACUUGACUGAGUGGCCAAAGUGCAAACUGGACCGAAAGCACCUGAAAGACUUUGAAGUUUGUUUAGACCUUUUCUGACCACAAAUACCAACAGUUGCAUUGCAUGCUCAAAGAAAUACUGAUAAAAGUAAAGAAAAUAAGCAAAUAUGAAAUAUUCAUAUCAGUGAAUAUUAUAGGAAUUGUUUCUCUGUGAAGGCAGUGGUUUGAAUUUGUCAUAAUCAACAUCCCUUUCAGUUUGCUUUUCUUCGUACAAUUCCAAAUGUAGUUUGCUAUUAAGACUAUUUUCACAUGGAAAACAUGCAUUGAUAUUGUAUACCUGUUACCCUGGUAUGAACAUUAAGCUGAAAUAUUAAGAAGCCUCUGUACAAACGGGCUAUUUAAAAUGCUCUAUAUCCAAUAAAUAAAUUCAGUUUAUAUGAGG